AUGGAUGAUAUCGUGAAACAAGUUCCUUCUUACCAAUUAGACCAAGAAAUAUUAGACGCGCGAGGCAUCAGUAUGACAGUAGAGGAGGUAGCUGGCCUACCAACAUGCAAAUAUUCAGAAAAAGUUCAAGCUUUGAACUUGAGUGAAGAUGAUUUGGCUUUCCUUAGAGGGUUGAGAAGGCGAAUUAAAAAUAGACUAGCCUCACAAAAUAGCAGACGACGCAGUAUGGAGCAUCUACGUCGUCUCACACGAGAGUUGCGAGCAGUCAGAGCAUGCAGAGAUGACGCGUUAAGUGAAAGAAGAGCUUUAAUUGAGUCUAGAACAGAAUUACGGGAAAGCUUCUAUUUGCUAAGGAAUCAUAUUUUACAGUACCUCAAAGAUAGAUCAGACCCAACAGAAGUACCAGACAUAGACCCAGAAGUACCAAACAUAGACCCUCCCUUACCAGACGCAAAAUUAAAAACAGAUUAUCGAGAUAAAACAAUUUUUGAAUGUCGUAUAGAAAAACUCGUCCAACAGAGCGUGAACCACAUUUACAAAGAGAGCAAAGAGAAAGAGACGAGAGUGUGUGCUAAAACAGUGUUUUUGGACUCCAUCAAAUGUAAUAAGAGUGAAAUGGAGGGAGUUUUGAAUCUCUGUGUGAAGGAGAAAAGGAAAGGACAUGGGAGAAAGCAGUUGGCGCCAAGAAGGAUCGCGUGUUAUACUAAUAGUGAUGAUGGCGUCCUCGAUUUGAAAAUAAAAAAAGAAAAUCAG